GGCUCCGCGCGAGGUGCUCAAAUGCAGCGGAACCUGCUGCUGUCCGACGCUCGUCCUCCGCACAGAUGCAUUUGCGGCUCUUUGCUCUUCUUUCCCUCGUCUGUCACACGCUUAUGUUGACGUUUGCGGCAAGAAAACGAAGCGCCGCCAGAGAGAGCUGGCGUCAGGACUGCAGGAGCUGCCUGGAGUGCUCGAAGGAGAAUGGCUGCCUGCGCUGCCCGGAGCGACUGUUCCUUUACCUCCACCGAGACGGCAUCAGCCACCACGGCUCCUGCCUCCACUCCUGCCCCGCCGGACACUUCGGCCUGCGAGGGACGGAUGCAAACCGCUGCAUAAAAUGCAAAGCUCCAGAGUGCGAGAGGUGCUUCGACAAAGACUUUUGCACCAAGUGUAAAGGAGGAUUUUUGCUCUUCAAAGGCAAAUGCCUCAGCAGCUGCCCCGAAGGCACGUUCCCUCACUCCACGGACUGCGUCGAGGAUUGCAUGUACAGUCCCGUUGGUUACUGGAGUGAGUGGAGCCCGUGUCUAUAUAACGGCCUAAGCUGUGGUGUCCGGUGGGGGUGGCAGAAUAGGACCCGCGUGCUGUCCUGGAGAGUGCCUGAGGAACUGUCCGCACUUUGUCCCCCUCAGAGCGAGACCAGAAAGUGCCGCAUGAAACGGAGGUGUCCGAAAGAUAAACAGAAGAAGGACAGUAGAGGGGAAAGGAGGAGAGCACCGAAGCAGUGGGCGCUUUCGGGGAACAAAACGGUCACUGAACCUCCAGGUGCAACCUGAACAACUGAAUCGCCGAGAACCAGACAGUCGGAGAGGAAUCAGAAGGCUUGUACAGACCAGCCCCUCGCAAAAAGCUUUCGUGCUACUCUUAUUUUCGUAUUAAUAUAUUUUGUAUUAAGAUUCCCUAAAGUCUGUAGAGAUGAAAGAUGUGUUCUCUGGCUCACAACCUGCAGCGAGCCUUGAGUUCUCAGAACCAAGUAACAUUCCGCACCUACUGCUGAGCAAUAUUCAUUUAUAUUAAUAUUUAGUUGCAUACGAUGGGAAAUUCUUAUAUCGAAGUCUUUUGUUUUUGUAUAAUGUCAUCUGUUUACAAUAACGUGGCACAUCAUAUCAUACCCUUUAUGACAAUUUGGGCACUUCUGCUCAAUACUGCUGCUUUGUUUUUUUUUAUUUUUUUAUCAUAAACUUGUUUAAACAAGCUGUGCUCGUAGUAGUUUGAUGCGGAUUCCAUGUUAUGCCAUGACACUGCACAUUUCCAUUUGAUGGAUAACAGGCGAACAUCUUCAAUCCAUCACUAUGUGGUUUGAGUUGUGCCUCCAUGUCUAUUGUAUCUGCCUUGGGCUGUUCUGUCCUCCUCUGGUCUUCAUUUUCUGACCACAUCUGCUCCGUCGACGUGCCCUUCUUCUGCAGCCUAAUUGAAUUACAGAAGAAAGACUCACAGCGAUGUAGAGUUGUGCAAAGGGAACGCCAGGGGGUUCGCCGAACUUGUCUUCACACUUCACAGUGGCCGUGUGUUGGAGCAGAUGUGGUUCUCCAUCUCAGGCCCUGCUGCUCAGAUCAGUACUGAGCUCUCUGUUGAGUGGAAUCAGGCGCGCUGCAGCAAAAACAACACUGAGGUAUGUAGUGAGGAGGACUAGAAUUGGGAGAAUCGAUUCAUGUGAUUAGUUUGAGCGCAGUUCUGUAGCCCAACAGUGUGGAAUUUCUACUUUGAUCUAGUUUACCAUCACAAAAUGUGCUGUUAUGGGAACUGUGUGCUGAUGCAUAUAUUCGAUAUUAUUCAUGUACACAAAGGAACAUGGGGAGUUUUCAGGUUUGCAACUUUCAAAAAUAAUAAUAACAAUGAAACAUUCUGAACUUUAUAAUUUGGGCAUAGUAAAGACCAUGUGUGCUUGUUUUAGAGUGGAGUUUGUAUUUUUAUGCCACAAUUAAAGAUGGUUCUUCAAAGGUUCUUUAGUGAAUGAAAUGGUUAUAGGUAAAACGGUAUAUUGACCCAUGAACACUCAAAGAACCCUUUUUAUAUAUAUAUAUAUACACACACACCUUCUAAGCCAC